CCCAUUCGGAUGGAGAGACGGCAGCAGGCGAUGGCGGCGAUGGUGCUCAUGCAAGGCCAUCGCAGGGGGAAGAACAAGAUAAACGCCUUCAUAACGUGAUGGAGAAACCAAAAAGCCAGAGAGGUACGGGGAGGGGAGUCGACGAUGAAUAUAAACACCUUUCGAACAUCCACUGAGAGGGUGCCGCUUCCACCCAACCCCAGCAGAGCGCCGGCGACCACCUCCCCCCUCCCGAAGAAGCGGCCGCGCGCAAAGCUGCAAUCCUCAAAGGCAUGGAACGCCUGGGUAUCCUGCCCAACUCGAUGGUGACGGGCCAAACAGAAUCGAUCAUCAACCAGAAGAAGCUGCAGGUGGAGCGCGAGCGGAAGGAUAAGGAUCGGGCGAUGUUGAGUAAAGUGAGGGAGAUGAUUGAGAGGCGGAGGGCGGGUGAGGGGUCGCGAGGUGGGACGCGAGGUGGGACGGUGUCCAGAGGUGCGACAUUGCUUGAAUCUGCGAUGAUGUCGUCGGUGGAUCUCACGGCCGAGAAGAUGGAGGUUCUGGAAACCGAGCACCCGGACAGGCCGGUGACGCCUCAUGAGAUCCAGGUGCAGGAUGAGAUGCAACAUACGACGGAGACUGAGGAACACAAGCGGAAAAAGACUCCCGCCAAACCCCAUUCGCCCGCGAAAGGAAAGCGAGAGAAAACGCCGGAUACGAGGAAAGAACCCGAGCCGUUACCGGAAACGCAAAAGCUCAAAGCCAAAAAGAAGAAAGUUCACGCCGCAACCAUCGUGGCCAGGUUGCGUGUCAUCGACCCUGGAACUGGCGUUGCUACCGUAGACUACAGCGGACUAGGCGCUAUCCGGCUCGAGAGCAUCUCCCCAACGAGUCGGGUCCGUACGACCCAACCGGUGCAAAUCGGCGUCCGGGGGGUGGAGGAGCCGGAGCAUGCUUAUACUCCCGCUCAACCACCGCCGCCGCCGAAACCAACAAUCGAUACCAAGCCCAAACCCUUCCCAACGACCGACAAACCGGCCGAUAAACUCCCACCGCUCCCACCGCUCCCACCGGCCGGCCCACUGCACCGCGGCAAACACAACAAACGCCGCGAAUCCAACGCUUACCGCCCGGAAGAGAUCGUCGAAGAGAUGCCCACCAGCGGCGGCGACGAUAGCACGAGGUUUCCCUCUGCGGCAACUCACAUCUCGACCAGUCGAGUGUUCACGCAACCUGACAUGCACCAGAUUAGCCAAAGCAGGAUGUCGAUGCGGUCGGCGAUCCGGGCCCAGAGCACGUUCAGCAAUCGGUUCAUUGAAGAGGAGCUGCAGGUGGAGGAUAUUGUGCCGGAAUUGCAGGGGAUCAUGGACGCAUUUUGGUUUCCGGGUAUGAAGGGCCAAAAACUAACCCUGGAAAACAUAAUCGCCACCCUCUUCCACGUGCUUAAAACCGGCUACUGGUCCGAAAAAGCCGAAGCCUCCGACGCCCUCCUCCAGCUCUACCACGACUUUUCCGACGAGUUCCGGGACCCCACCAUGAAUUUCGUGCUCCCGCAGAUCGAGAGCUUGAAUGAUCGUGAUUGGCAGACGAGGGUUAGAUUGUGCCAGAAUUUGGUCAAGUAUGGGGUCAGCCAUCCCAUGCUGAUACAUGGGUUGAUUGCGAGGCUGUUGGAUCCGCAUGAGGCUGUUAGAGCGGCCGCGGCGAAGAGUUUGGCAGUUUUCGAGAUAGAUACGAGAUCCUCUCUCCGGAAUAUGCUGCAAAGAUUGCACAUGUUGCCCAACGCAGCACUCGGUCCGCAGAUGGAUUGGCUGGACGUGCUAAUCCUCCGCCAACGCGACCGCCAAGCAGCAAUGGAAGCGCAAUCUCAGCGCAAUGCAUCUCACUGGCUCACCACAGCGAAUCCAAUCUGCGAUGGGCGCGCCUUCACCCGCCCGCCAUCAUCGUUCGUGACGCUGGUGCCGCCUGAGCUGGAGGGUGAGAAGUUUGUGAUGCCGACCUUCACCGCCGCGGACAAUGCAGCGGCAGCGGCUGCUAAGGCGGCGCAUCAUCGGAAGGCGAAGGGCAAGCCGCCGAAGGUCCAGAGGGAGGUUAUGGUCGAAGAUCGAUGAUUGGAUUUUUGGUCGGAUGGUAGACAUAGUUGUGAGAGGUAGAUCAGAGUCGAUAGACGCCUUUAGAGAUAGAGAUAGGUGUUGGACACACAUUUGCAUACGUACGGAGACAGUAGUUAGUUUCUAGGGGUAAUUCCGGAGGGAUUGGAUUGGUGUGAGAUAAUGCAAUGGGGGCUCAA